CGAGCCUGCGGCGACGCCGCGUUAUGGCGCCGUGCCGCAGCCGCAUCGCGACGCGUCAUUGCGGCCAGGCUGCGUCCGUCGAGCCGCGACGACUACGCACUCCGGAGUCUCGUCCUCGUGAAUUCGAGAUCUUUCCCGCGGUGACGACAGUGGCCGCUUCUCGCGUCCGCGUCCAAGUCGUGCACACAUCGUCGGGGGAGAAAUCCAAGAGCACCGUCACCGUCGCCACCUCCGUGUCGCCGUGGCCGCUCCUGUCUGCUUCUACCACCUCCACCGUCAACGCCGCCGUUGCCGCCGCCGUCGCCGCCGCCGCCGCCGCCGCCGGCGCGUACGAUUCUAUCGAUCACACGGAGUGUCAACGGGUGUAUGUGCGUACGAUGCGCCCGAACGUUCGCUCCCGGCGACGCCGCGUGUCGUUGGAUCUCCUCGCGCGACGCCGGUAAUCGCCGCGCCAACCGCUUCUUCGAUUCGCGCAAGCGGACGACGCGUCAUCCGCGAACGACAUCCACGGCGUAUGUAAAGCACGUGCGCGGGUGGGCUCUCUGUGCGACGGAGCAGUUCCUUCAUCGGCGCGAAGAAAGCCCGAGGUUGUUGUAGUAACGACGAAAAUAGAGACGCGCGGAAUAUCCUCGCUUGUUGGGCGAGUCGCAGUCAUCGAAUGCUCGUGGGCGAUUCCGCGAUCCCACUGGCGCGGAAUUUUCGCGUACGGCAAAUUCGUCGGGGAAGAACGACGCCGGCGGCGACGACGACGACGACGACGACGACGACGCUUGAUACACAACGGGGAAGUGAUUUAGGGACUGUGUGCCGAGGACAGACGUGGAAGGGAGAAAAAGAGCUCCGGCCGGUGCGGUGAAAUGCACGGCGAUUUAACUCGGCACGUGGAACGAUCUGUAGUCCGGUCGGCAGUGCUCCUCGUCGUGGUGCGGCGUUGUUGAUUGUACCGCGCCCCAUUGUACAAGUUGCAACGUUCCGUGACACAAUACGAUAAGUAUCUUGGACGCCGGGACGGCGGGAGCGGCAACCCAAGAUGAUUCUCCGCCGAAAGUCGGUGCAUAGCUGCAAUUGUCCCUGCCAUCAGCACUGCUCCACCAAAUGCACAGAAGAUGUAGAGAGUAUGACAGGCGAGAUAGAAAAUGGAGAUUUAGCAGUUCGAGACGUCGCAGAUCUUCUCCAAGCGCAAUACGCUAUUAUCGCUGGAGGGAAAACUCGAGAGGGAUGUCCUAUAAUCACGUUUCCGGAUAAUGGCAAUUUUCAUAACGUGACUGAUUUGGAUUAUCAGCGUCUUAUGCUCUAUCUUACCUCUGUACCGACGUUGCAAGAAGCUGAUCUCGGAUUUCAUUUGAUAAUUGACCGAAGGAACGACAAGUGGAACUCGGUAAAAACAGUUCUUUUAAAAAUAUCUGCAUUCUUCCCCGGUCUAGUGCAUGUCGCGUACGUGCUGCGACCCGCCGGAUUCUUACAAAAAGCCAUCUCGGAGGUGUCAAAUAAAUUAUUCAGAGAGGACUUCAAAUUCCGAGUUAUUUUCCUGGCUAACGUCGCCGAGCUUCACGAUUUCAUCGAGAAGGAUCAGCUCACCGAGCCACUAGGCGGCGAUCUACCAUACUGCCACCAUACUUGGAUACAGAACAGAAUCAGUCUGGAAAAAUUCUCAUCAAUGACGCAGGACGUGUCUCUCGCGCUGGAUUCCUUCACGCGACGUCUCGCUGAAGUGGAAUUCCCGAACAACACCAUCGCCACAACAACGUUGCUGUCGCAGCAGCAGGCUGAGUAUAACGAAUUAAAGGAGGAGAUACUCAGCGCUGCCAGGCACGGCGAAGCUCUCCUGGAUAGCGUGCGGCAAUUAACCGGGAAAGGAACGGCUGAUAGAUUGGGCAAUGUUGCCGCAGUAGAAAGACUACUCGUCCAGCUGGAGGAAACCGAGCGAACCUUCGACUUAUUCUGGUCGCACCACAGUUCACGACUGCGACACUGUUUGGCUCUGAGGCAAUUCGAGCAAGAUUUUCGAGAAUUGCAAGCGACGUUGGAUCAGCACUUGAAGACGGCGGAAGAGAUGACGGAGGUCGGCGAAACGCAAGCAAGAGUGGAGCAAUUGCUAUGUGAUACCUCAGCAUUCCAACGAAUAUGCAGAGGAGAUAUAGACCGCGCAGAAGAGGUGAUAUCUGCCGGUCAACAGCUGUUGUCCGGAAGACAUCAGUGCCCGGCAGACGUUGUAGAGCCCAAGUGUGUAGAGUUGCAGAGAGUUUGCACGAUUCUCAGUCAAAGACUAGAAAGACGAUUGCACAUGCUGACCAAGUGCAGAGAGCUCAUGGAGCGUAUAGACAAGGCCAACACUUGGUGCACGCGAGGGAUAGAAUUACUUGCGUCGCAGAACAGCACCACUCCGCCGGAUCAGGCGCUUCAAGAGCUGCAGCAGUUGAUCGAAGCCGCGGAGGAGUUCCAUCAUCCACGAUGCAUUUUUCAGGACUCCGUGAUGCCGGAAACCAAGGCGCUUAUUACACAGGUUCUGCAAAGGAUAGAGGACGUCUCUUUGAUGUGCGACAAGAGAAUCAUGGCACUAAAACAGCAGUUAAUUAAACCAGCCAGGCCAGUGCAAACUGUCACGCCAGAACCAGUCAAACCCUUGCAAUCACUGCCUCAAUCCGCGAAACCUGGCAGAGUUCUCAAGAAAGCUAACACCAUGCCAAAGAUGGAGAUGAGUCCUAUAGAGGGAGAAUCCUCCUCGCCAGAGAGUGAACCUCGGGACGUGGAAGCCUUACGCUUAAAGCGUGGCCACGUUCUGGCGGAGCUGGUAGAGACCGAGCGAAUCUAUGUUUCCGAGCUUGGCUCGAUAAUUAAGGGUUAUAAGAUGGAGAUGACGAACGAGGCGAUGGUCCAUUUGAUACCCGCGGCGCUGGUCGGCAAGGCGGAUGUUUUGUUUGGCAAUUUAGAAGAUAUUUAUAUUUUUCACGGGGAGACCUUUCUGAGGGACUUGGAGAACUGCAUCUCGAACACUGAGCUCGUCGCCCUGUGCUUUGUUCAAAGGCGCGAGAUGUUCUUUAGAUUGUACAGUUAUUAUUGUCAAAAUAUUCCGCGCUCGGAGCGGUUGCGUGAGCAAAUACAAGGCGAGCCGCAGUUUCUCGCAGCCUGCCAGCAAAGACUCGGCCACAAGCUACCACUCGCUGCCUAUCUUCUCAAGCCUGUGCAGCGUAUCACCAAGUACCAGUUGUUGUUGAAGGAUCUGUUAAAGUAUAGCGACGAGCCGUCGUGCUGCACCGAGUUGCAAGAAGCGUUGGAUUGCAUGCUGGUCGUGUUGAAAUGCGUUAAUGACAGUAUGCAUCAAACUGCGAUAACAGGUUUCGGAGGAGACCUGGGCGCACAGGGUGAAUUGUUGUUACAAGGCUCGUUUAGCGUUUGGAGCAGCAGUAAGCGGGAGCGACUGCUGCGACUGAAACCGUCUCAGCGACAUAUUUUCUUAUACGAGAAAGCUUUGAUAUUUUGUAAGCACAGCAAGCCUCAAGCUCACAACAAAGCCACGUAUCAUUUUAAAAGAUAUUUAAAGAUGUCGCAGAUUGGUCUGACAGAAUCGGUGAAGGGUGACGCCAGACGAUUCGAGAUAUGGUUACAAGGUAGAGCUGAAGUGCACACGAUACAGGCACCUAGUAUUGACGUCAAGCAGUCGUGGGUGCGCCAGAUCAAAGGUGUAUUGAUGUCCCAGCUGGCAGAACUUAAAGGGAAGCAGAAUUCCGCUCUUGGGAAGUCCAAUCAUAAACCGCUGCGACAGACGAUCUCGUGGGAGGCUCAGAGCAGCAUAUCGGGCUCUUUGCGGACGCUGUCUGUUGAUGGCAAUAGCGUUAUAUCGCACAUACCCGACGUGUCGCAGUCUACGGAAGACGACGCAGCCUGGAGUUCGGAGAACAGCAACACGGACGAGGAGGACGCGUUUGCCGACAAUCCGGGACCCGCACCCGGCGGGAGAUAUGUGGCACUGGCGGAUUAUUGCGCAGUGGGACAGUCUGAGGUGACGAUGCGCGAGGGUGACACGUUGGAGCUUCUCAAGGUAGGCUGUGCUGGCUGGUGGUUCGUGAAAUUGGUCGGCACCGGCUUGGAAGGUUGGGCGCCAGCAGCCUACCUGGAACCGAUCAGUCGCAAGACGUCCCGCAGCUCGCAGUCGGUGAACAGUCAGGAGACCAUAUGAAACAGGCGACUAACACACUAGAGAUCUCGCUAGUGUGUUAGGUCUUUGAUACACAUCGUGCCGUGAAAAUCGCGGAAGUUGUUGACACGUGCGCCGCCGGAAUUCACUGAGGAUUAUCCGAUGAGCGGCUGCAGAAUGUCGAUAAUGGCAGUUUUUGGAAAUCUUUUACAGCAUUCGCACGACGUUGAGUUGUGUCAUCUUGUGUAUCUUUAUUGUACAACACGACGUAUACACAUAUGCAAUGUCUAAGCGAUGCUUUUACAUUUUGCGACGCGAACGUUGAGUUCGACGGGCCAAUGUUUUUACGUUUGUGCGAAUUUUAUAUCGAUGUGUGCGUGAUGUAGGAAGGCAGAGCGGAGGGAGAAAAACUUGAUGUUUCACGAUCUCGCGUUACGGACAAUCGACGCGAGCGAUCGCGCUUCGUUCGCGUCGCGUCAGCUUGAAUAGGUUCGUUCUCGCGAACGCGGAAACGGCAUUUACUGAAUUGUACAAAAUACAUAGCGUUGAAUAAAGCAUUGAGGUACACGCACACGCUACGGAGACUUGUGUCUCGAUCACUACUCUGCUACAGAUAAUAUACAAAUUUCUACACAAUAUAGCGCACGCUAUAUUCGAGAAGGGGAGGGAUAAGAGUUACACACGACCGACUGAUGUGUCAGGCGUAUCGUCCCCGUUCGGUUAUACUCGCAGUUCGUUUAGUGUCUGUGAGAAGAAGUCGCGCGUGUCAUAGUCUGUAAAUGGUAAUUUUUACUUGCGACCUGGGUAAUCAAAUAUCGGCUGUACGCGAAUAUUCCAAAGUUAAUGUCGUUAGGAGACGCGCGACACUUUCGUCCAUUGCAUUCUAUCCACGACACGCGUAACUUGGUUUGGCGCGAAGAGAACUACAUCCUCUUUGCCAGAGGCACGCGAUCUUACUCCUCGCGCGGUGUGUUUUCGCGGUGUCAUCAGUAAGUAGGCGCGAUCGUCGACUGCAUCAGUUGCGUAUUGUCAUCAUACGUUGACUUAGAGGUAGCGUUAGAUGCGUCGCGGUCAAUCAAAUAGUACAAUUUAGCGCAGUCGCGGGCUUUCAAGAGCGUCGUUAAAUGUUUCGUUCGAGAGUCGAGGUUGCUUCGUUGGGGUUGAACUUAAAGUAUUCGUGAACACUAUCGGGGACACAGAUGUUCGAGCCUUCAAAGAAGGGAAAUGUGUAUGUGAUACAACGUUAGACCGACGCUUCUACGGAUUGAUUGCCGUUAGCAAUACAGAAAAAGAGGGAAAGAGAGAAAGAAAAUGUUUAAUUAAUAUAUUCGCCAUUCUUAGGACGUUAGAUACAUUGUUGACGAGUCAUUGCGACCAAAUAAGUUCAGUAUAAUCGAUGCGAGUCUGACGAUAUACGAACCGUUCGUUCCAGAGGAAUGACGCGGUGGACGGAAGAGAGGGGAGGAGGGAGACGAGAGGUCGGAGAAUCAUAUACGAGACGCGUGUACACAAAUUUUCUAGAAGCUAAACGGUUAACACCAAAUAACAUGCAAUAUCCGACUACCGACUACGAUAAAUUUUAAACAUUUAAUACCUUAGGACUAUAUGAUAAGCAAUCUCAGUUCUAGCGGAUUUCAUAACCCACCAAUUUCAUAAAUCUCCAAUAACGAUAUAACAUGUAUAAUAGUAUCGUUUGUACUGAAGCGUUUGUAUGGAUACGGAUAACAUAAUUUAAGGGAAUUUUGCAAUCGCUAUGAUUUUCUCACCUCUGUGUAUACAUUGAUUAGUACGUACCCUCGUAGAGAAAUGUAUGUGAGGAUAUGAUUUCGUCGCGCUUUUUGUUUGUUUUAUAAAGUUAGCCUACAGCCUACAUGAGUCUCAUUUGUCGGUAUUUAUAGCUCGCGUAUUAUUUGUACAGAAGAACACAGGGUUCCACGAGAUACAUCUAUUUAUUAGAUAGACAUAUUUAUUGAAUAUAGGACGUAUUAUUUAUCGCGAUGAUUCCUAGCAGUUAAUUUAAAUCAGCCCGAUUAUUUACGGCGAUUGACGUACUGUAAACGCGACACGAUAUAGUGAGGGCUAUGUAAUUACGCACGGUUGAAACGUUAAGACGCGCCGAGAUCGCAGUACACACGAGACAUGGGAAUUCAUCCUUUUUUAGUCGAGAAGAAAACACUACCUUUGCGUUUGUAGAGCAUGCGCUUCGAAUCGUUGCGUUCCUAUUGCGUCGUGAUUUUUAGUCAGUACUAGUAUUCCUCGCUUGAAAGCUGUAAGUGUACUUUCGUGCAUCCACAUCCAUUUGUACGCCGUCCUUAUAUUGUCCGUAAGAUUUCAAUCAAACGAGUAGUUAGUUUAAAGGAACGCAUCCCUUUAGGUUGCGAUAUUGAUAUGAAACAUUUUCAAGCCACGUUUUAUAGAAUGAACGCAAGCGGUUUAGCUUGCUCGCGGUGGAUCUCGUUUGCGCGUUAGCGAUCCUGUUGUAAAAUAUCGUUAGCCCAGAAGCGGUCAACGUUACCGUUCUCGUCAUACCUUAUCGUAUCACAACACCUCCGCAGAACUGUGUGUAUAUGUGUGAGAGAGAGAAAAAGAGAGGAAGAAAGAGAGAGAUCUCUUCGUCGAAGGAGGAAGCGUCCUCGCAAUUUUUGUGUAAAAUCGCGAUCGAGUGACCAAGUCAUGGUGAUAUCUAAACGAGAGGAAGGAAGAGAGAGAAAGAGAGAGAAAGAGAGACAAGGCGUUUUGUAGAAAUUAUAAAUAUAUAGAUAUAUAUAUAUUAUACAUAUACAUUAUAUUAUACAUACACAUAGACAAUAAUUAUAACCGCUGUUGAAAGAUACAUGGCAAACGCGUUUCCGGAUGACGAUUCAUGAUAAUACGGAUUAAGAGACCUCGACGACCGCGAAUGUACUUCCCACCGCGAUUACCAGGGCAAAUAGAAGCAGGUUUCUGCGAGUGAAUUUCUUAACAUGGAUAAGACAGCUCUGCGCGCUGCAGAGUGUGGCGUAAACGCGCGCACACACACACAUACACACCACACAUACACACAUCGGUACGCGUGUGAUCUUUUCAGACAGAGAAAAAGAAACUCACAUGGGGAGUCCGACGUUCAACCGUGAUUUCUUUCUACGGACGGUUCCUUUCGUCGUUCCUCAGCAGAAGAGUGAAUAGUAAAGUCUAUUUUUGCAUAUGACACGUGAUAACGGAGCUGCCGAAAUCGCUUCUAUUUGCAUUGUGCGUUCACAGCGCCGAUCAAUUAUCUCGCCGACCGAGCGACCGUAAUCGGGGAUCGCGGUAUUAACGCGCUUCUUUUAUUCUUAUUUUUAUCUUUUUAAAUUUCUUUACGGCAAUGCUUUGUUGCAUCCCCGAUUUUCCCCCGAGCUUUUCUCCGUUGUCGCUUGCGCGCGCGCGCGUAAUUAAUACAUAUAUUAAUCGUACAGAGAUGGUGUAUGUCGUUUCAGUCUUCAUGAGAAGAAAUCACACUCAGAUCUCAAGAAGGAAGAGGAGAGGAAUAUUUUUAUAUAGAACGCAACACACAAGAAAAUUGCUCAAACUUCAGUUAACGAUGAUCUUAACUUUGGAUGUUUGUUACGAGUUUUGCGUUACGUUACGAUUAAGUUAAGACAGCGAGCGGAUCUGAUAGAGAGGAGGUGAUGAUGCGCGAUUGUGCCGGUCGCGUUUAAUUGUAGAUUACGCAUCUUCGUCUUCGUCCUCGAGAGGGGAACGGUAUCGCGAUUUGUAAAAUGCAUCGAUUGUAAUGUCUAAGCGUGUACAGGAAUUUUGUUAAACUCGUCCGAUUCUUAUGUACAAUCAGUUGUCAAACUUGUACGAGCCUGCAAUAUUAAACGGGAACAUUAAACGUGAGAAUUGCUAACGGA